AUGAAAUUUCAAUUUUCCAAUUAGUUUAGAUAGUAGUUCGUUUAAUACUAAGGUGGAACCUUUAAAUUGGUAGAUGGGGAGUUGCCUUUACUUGAUAAAGGUUAAAUAUUUGUUGAAGUGCAAUAUUCCACAAUUAAUCCCAUCGAUAGAAUAAUGUAUCGAGCCAAAAAAGAAGAGGGCUUCGUAAUGGGGACAGAGGGUAAUGGUUAUAUCAGAUAAAUAGGAGAUGGAGUAGAUAAGGGACUCAUAGGGAGAUUUGUUUCGUUUACAUUAGGUGGUUGGGCGAGAUAUGCAAUCAAAGAUAUCAAUGAAGUCAUCAUAUUUUAAGAUCAAUCUGGCUUGGAUCCAAGAAAAUUUGCAAAUGCUUUUGUGAAUCCACUGACAGGUUCAGGAUUGAUAGAUCUUGCUAAGAAACACAAUGCUAAAGCCGUGGUCAUACUUGCUGCUUCUUCUUAGAUGGCGAAGUAAAUGAUCAGACUCAGCCGAUCGCUGGGUAUUGAAACUGUGAAUAUAGUGAGAAGGAAGGAGUAAGUCAAGGAUUUAAUUGAAAACUACGGAGCGAAAUAUGUUCUUAAUUAAUCAAGUUCAACUUUCUUCCUAGAUCUUGAAUGUAUUGGAGGUAAUAUACCAGGAGAUAUAUUUGCAAAAAUGCCUCCAAAAAGUUUAAUGGUAGCUUAUGGGAUUUUAUCAAAGAUUAGACUAAGCUUUGAUUCAUUUGAUUUAAUAAAAAAUGACAAGUACAUUCAAUCUUUCUUUGUUUUUAGAUGGCUCAACUCACUUGAACAUGAGGAGAAGAAAUAAUUAUUUGAAAAAGUAGCUGAUGAUUUACAGAAUAAUAAGGGUUAAAUUUUUAGCACUAAUAUUAUAAAAGAGAUUCCCCUAGAAGAAUGGAGAGAAGCCAUAGAUGAGUCAGAAAAGAUUGCCUCUCAGGGUAAAUAUAUUAUAAAAUGUGCUAGAAAUUGA